AUGGCAAACGAAACAGACCAAAUUUUCAAGCUCAGACGAUUACGUAGUGGCUCCGCUGCUCGGCUUGCUGGUUGGGAACAAAUUAGCACGGUUGACGAAGAAGACAAUGAUGAUACUUUGGAUAAGAAGAAAGGUGGUAAUAUCUCAGUUAUUACUGUUCCUGGAGGACCAUUGGCAAAAGGACAAGCAACAGCGACAACAGCAGCAGGAGCAGCGGUCGCUGCACGUAGACAGCAUAAUAAACCAGUCGCUUGUACAGCUAAAAUCAAUAAUUCUUCUGGAAUAAUUAUUAAAUCCCUUAUUAAUCAAAAUGAAUUAUUACGUCAAGAUAAUAUACAUUCAUUAAAUUUUGUAAAUAAAACAGAUUAUGAUAAAACAAAAUCAGUUGGGAAGAAAUCAGAUAGAAAAACUCUUCUCACUGGUCAUCAUGUAAAAUUUACAUGUCCACGAAUAAAAAUCCCCUCCCCUUUAUCAAGUCAACAGACAACAGGAACAACAACACCAGCGUCGUCCUUGUCGCCGUCAACUUCAAAAUUGAAUGAAUGGAUACCAUUGAAGGGUAUUUUUGAUUUACACACUAAUUCAAAAGUUAGUUCUGUUAAACCUUCAUUCAGUCAAAUUGAUGUUACUCCUACCCUUCCUCCUUCGACUACUACUACUAAUAAUUUAACUGUUAUAAGCAAUAAUAAUAACAGUACACCUAUUAUUGAAAUAAAUGAUGUCUCAACUGUCGAUACAUUUGAUCAUAUCUUACGUGUUCCAAUCCUCGGUAAUCGUCAGUCGGGUAAAACGACUCUAGUGAAACAAUUUAUCAAUUGUAUUGAUCCUGGGAAUCCUAUACCAACACGUAAUCGUCCAGUCUACUAUGAUCCUAUGAUAUCAUUCAAUGAUCGCCUAUAUCAUGUUCGUUUAAUUGAUUGUCCACCAAUUGAAAAAAAAUUUCCAACAAAUUCUGUUGAUGAAUGGGAAAGUUAUCGUGGUUGGGGGUUGAGAAAUGCUACCGCAUUUAUAUUAGUCUUUGAUGUGAACUCUGAAUCCUCAUUUCAGUAUAUACGUCAUUUACGUGAUCAAAUUAUCGCUGAAUUUAAUGAUAUCCCUCUGUUGUUAGUAGCGAAUAAAAUAGAUUUAUUACAACAAACCACAAGUGGAUUAAAUUCAUCACAUUUUAUACCAUCAUUUUAUUCAUCGUCAUCCACAUCAUCAUCAGGUGUUACGGCAUCUACACCAGGUUUAUCACAGAGUACAACAUCAACAACAAAUUCCAGUUAUCGAUAUAAUAUACGUCGUGAUAUUAAUAUUAUUAUUAAAAAACAAUGGAAACGUACAGUUCUUGUUGAAUGUUCUGCUAAAUACAAUUGGCAUGUUAUGAAUGUUUUUAAAGAAUUAAUGCGUAUUCUAGAGAAUAGAGAGCAGGCGCAUAAAGCAACAGCUGCUAGAGCUGUACAAAAUGCUUUACGGAAUAAUCAAUGUUCUAUUAUGUAA